AUGCUACUGGAGGCAAGCUUCCAGAGAACCAAGUCAGAUCCUUGCCUGUACACCAGACGCAAAGGUGGCAAAUGGACAUACCUUCUUACCUACGUGGACGACUUGGCCCUAGAUUAUGAAAACCCAGAUGACAGCAGAGAAAUAAUAGAUCAUCUGGACAAGCAAGUGGAAAUCAAGCAACUUGGCAACAUCACCCACUACUUAGGCAUCCAGAUACAGAGAGAACGAGAUGGAAGCUUUCUCAUCAACCAGGAGCAGAAAAUCAGAGAACUGAUAAAGCAUUUGAGAAUGGAAAAUGCCAAGCCUACACCAACCCCCAUGGAAGUUGGCGGGCUGGUUUCCUCCAUCCAAGCCAUGAUGGCAACACUCUCAGGCCUCGUCGUCAUCUUUAGCUGCAAGGACGUGGUGCACGACAGGCACUGGUUGGCCCAGGAGUACAUCUGGAUCGUGGUUUCUUACAUGGCCUACGAUCUGUACAUCAUGUACCUCUGCUACUGGCACAAGAGCGAAGAGAAGGGGGAGGCCCAGCAGAAGCACUCCCUGGCCAGCGUGAAGGGCUUCCUGCAGAGGGAGCGGCUGAUGGUCACUCACCACAUCUUCAUCCUCGUCAUCCUCACCCCUGUGGCUGUGCAUCUCCGGGGCGAACUGGGAGACUUCUUUGUCGGCUGCAUCUACACGGCGGAACUGAGCACCCCGUUUGUAUCCCUGGGCAAGAUCCUGAUGCAGCUCAAGCUGCAAGACUCGCUUUUGCACAAAGUGAACGGUAUCCUCAUCUUAGCCACCUUCUUCCUCUGCCGGAUCCUCCUCUUCCCGUUCAUGUACUGGGCCUACUCCCGACAUUCGGGCAUGCCCAUCUACGAGGUGCCGUUCCGCAUCCCCGUCCACUGCAACGUGGCCAACGCUCUGCUCAUCGCCCCGCAGCUCUACUGGUUCUUCCUCAUCUGCCGCAAGGCCGUGCGCCUCUACAGCAGUGCGCCAACUCCGGACCGAAGCAGAUAACAACGGGCUUGGGCCCACCCUGCAAGCACCGGGGUUGGAGCUGGCCCGCCUCUCAGGAUCCGUGCCUUAGGGACUGAGGGUCUGAAACCCACGGGGACCUGCGGCAGAGGCAUGAGUUCCCUUCACUGCACACAGAAGAAACAGGGCUGGUCGGUGGCCAGCCUCCCACCCUCCAGCUCUCUCCUGCGUGCGGGACUAACCAGAGCCUGCUCUUGCUGGCCUCCUGCCAGAAAGAAACAAUGGUAGUUGGAUAUUGAAUGUUUGCAAGCCAGUAGGACUGGGGAGGGGGGUGCCAGAAUGUGGGAGCAGCCCCCCAGCCUCCAGUGGCCCCCCGGUAGCCUUUUGAGGUUGGGACAGGCCCUGGACCAGAGCCUGAGUCGCAGGGGCUACUCCGUUGCUCCUUGUAGCGUCCAGCGGCUUCCCCAGCCAUGCUUUGCGCCCCAGGUCUUCCUGCUUCCCCUUCUGACUGCCUUGUGCCACUCCCAGCUUUGGCACCCUCUCCUUCCGCCCCAAAGCAAACACAGCCAACACUACUGACUCUGGGAAGAGGGACCCACGGGGUCCACUCAGCGGCACAAGGUCCUUUCAGCAAAGAAACUGAAUGCUGUAAGGUCUGGGUCCAUCAGGGCUCUCCGUGUUCUGUGCUGUAUAAGGAUUCCGGCUCCCGCGCUUCAGCUUUCAGUUUUGAAACGACGCAAGUUCCCAGGCCUCAUGGUUUAAGAAGACAGGACUGACAGCGGGCGGGCGGAGCUGCAGGAGGUGGGGAAGGGAACGGUCAGAGGGCUCCCCGGAGGAGCAGUGCCCUUUGCGUCUCUACGCCCCUCCUCACACCCAGCACAGGCAACAGGGGCCCCCUGUGGGCAGAUGUGGCUCACAACACGAUGGGGAGCAGAUGUGCCAAGUUCAGUCCCCACUAGCAUCUCCGAUUAUAAAAGGGUCUUCGGAUGUGGAGAGCUACAGAAUUUCCAUGCGAAUUGUUGGGCAGCCUCUACCAGCCAGGGUAAACGAUGGUGGUGAUAAUGGAAAGUGCUGUCAAGUCACAGCUGAGUUAUGGCCACCCCGUAG